CGCAGCCGAAGAGAGAGGGAGAGAUGUGGGAGGAGGGAAGAAGGGUUUUAGGAAACACUGCCCCAUUGAGAAGCGAUACAGCUAUAUUUUUUAUGAACGUUUAAUGACUUUGGCAGGCAGUAAUCCGAAAAAGUGUCCUAUAAUGUGGGCUUCAGCUGCAAGGCGUUUAGAGUAGGAGAGAAAAUAAACAAACAUGGCUGAGCAAUGCUAGCUUCUCAGUCGCUAGCUAACGAUAAGACAUCGCGCCCAGGCUCGUGUUUAGAUAGCUAAAGCUUUAGGUGGUGAAAGAAACAAAAGAAAACAGUAAGGAGGAGAAGAAUAGCGUGAAAGCUACAAGAGAAGACGAGGCUGUGUUGAGUAUCUGUCAUGUUCGCCUGUUCUGAGAGCAUGGAGACACCGGCUAGGACAGCAGCGAGCACCGCCGACUUCACCGUGGACAACGUGGAGAAGGCUCUGCACCAGCUGUAUUAUGACCCCAACAUUGAGAAUAAGAACCUGGCACAGAAGUGGCUGAUGCAGGCUCAGAUCUCACCUCAGGCAUGGCAGUUCUGCUGGGCUCUGCUCAGUCCUGACAAGGUCCCAGAGAUCCAAUACUUUGGCGCCAGCGCGCUACACACAAAGAUCUCACGCUACUGGGGUGACAUCCCUGCUGAGCAGUAUGACACCCUCAAGACGCAGCUUUUCUCCCAGAUUGCCCUGUUUGCCUCAGGCUCUAAAAUUGUGCUGACACGGCUGUGUGUGGCCCUGGCUUCACUGGCACUUAACACUAUGCCCGAGGCGUGGCCUGGCGCUGUUUCAGAGAUGGUGCGGGUCUUCCAGGAGGAGGGAACCACUGUGGACGGGCGCGCUCGCUGUCUGGCGCUACUCGAGCUCCUCACAGUGCUACCCGAGGAGUUCCAGACAAGCCGGCUACCUCAGUACCGCCGAGGGCAGGUGCGGGGUGCUCUGGGCCGAGAGUGGACAUCUGUUUAUCCGCUGCUUCAGCAGCUGCUGCGUCAAGCUGACUCACCAGCGCCAGUGAAGGCACGUGCACUUAAGUGCCUCUCUAGCUGGGCGCUGCUGGAUGUACCGCUCAGCGAGAGCGAGGGUCUGCUGGAAGCCGGUUUCGGUGCACUCAAUGAUCCCGAACUGUUUGAUGCUGCCGUGGAAGCCAUCGUCAACGCCAUCUCGCAGCCUGACUCACAGAGGUAUCUGAACACUUUAUUGAAGCUCGUUCCACAAGUUCUGCAGCUCCAGGAUCAGCUACGGGAAGCUGUACAAAAUGGAGACAUGGAGACAUCACAUGGGAUCUGUCGAAUCGCUGUCUCCCUGGGAGAGAACCAUUCCAGGGCUCUACUGGAGCAGGUGGAGCACUGGCAGGGUUUCCUGGCGCUGGUCAAUAUGAUUAUGUUCUGCACUGGGAUCCCUGGGCAUUACCCUGUCAACGAGACCACAAGCUCUCUUACACUAACAUUCUGGUACACUCUGCAAGAUGACAUCAUGUCAUUUGAGGCAGAGAAGCAGGCGGUGUAUCUGCAGGUUUACAGACCUGUGUAUUUCCAGCUGGUGGAUGUGCUGCUUCACAAAGCUCAGUUCCCUAGUGAUGAGGAGUAUGCCUCCUGGUCAUCUGAUGAGAAGGAGCAGUUCAGGAUCUACAGGGUCGACAUAUCUGAUACCCUGAUGUACGUCUAUGAGAUGCUGGGAGCAGAGUUGCUUAGUAACCUUUAUGACAAGCUCGGCAGACUGCUUACCAACGCUGAUCAACCAACAUCCUGGCAGCAUACAGAGGCUCUGCUGUAUGGUUUCCAGUCCAUAGCAGAAACAAUAGAUGUGAACUACUCCGAUGUCAUUCCCGGCCUGAUUGGCCUCAUUCCCAGAAUCAACAUUAACAAUGUACAGCUAGCUGACACGGUCAUGUUCACUAUAGGAGCGUUGGCAGAGUGGUUAGCGGAUCACCCAGUGAUGUUGAGCAGUGUGUUACCAUUGGUACUGCAGGCAUUAGGGAAUCCAGACCUUUCUAUUUCUAGCGUUUCCACCCUGAAGAAGAUCUGCAGGGAGUGCAGAUAUGACCUGCCGCCCUAUGCUACAAACAUUGUUGCUGUUUCACAGGAAGUGCUUAUUAAACAGAUCCACAAGACAAGUCAGUGCAUGUGGCUGAUGCAGGCUCUAGGUUUCCUGUUGUCCGCGCUGCCAGUUGAGGACAUUCUGCACAAUCUACACUCCCUCAUUACGCCCUACAUCCAGCAGCUGGAAAAACUGGCUCAAGAGACACCAAACCCCUCUAAUAAGCUGGCUAUCAUACACAUCUUGGGCCUGCUUUCGAACCUUUUCACCACCCUGGACAUCACCAAGCAGGAAGACGAAUCUGGAGAAGGUGCUCCAUCUGUAAAAUCCAGCACACCUCAAACCGGCCCCAACCCAGUAGUGGUGGUGUUGCAGCAGGUUUUUGCCCUCAUUCACACUGUCCUUAGUAAAUGGCUGAAUGACUCUCAGGUUGUAGAGGCUGUGUGUGCUAUCUUUGAAAAGUCAGUAAAGACUCUCCUUCAUGACUUUGCUCCUAUGGUGUCUCAGCUGAGUGAGAUGCUGGGUCAGAUGUACAGCACUAUCCCACAAGCCUCUGCAUUAGACCUGACACGUCAGAUGAUGCAUAUAUUUGCCGGCGAAUCAGACCACUUUCCCCCAAUCAAAGCCCUGUUUGAGCUGGUCACCUCCGUUACCCUUACCAUCUUUCAGCAAGGGCCCAGGGAUCAUCCUGAUAUUGUUGAUUCAUUUAUGCAACUCCAAGCUCAGGCUCUCAAACGGAAGCCCGAUUUGUUUUUAUCUGAGAAUCUUGACGUGAAAGCGGUGUUCCAUUGUGGAAUUUUGUCACUAAAAUUUCCAGAGGCCCCUACUGUCAAGUCUACUUGCCUCUUCUUUACUGAGCUAUUGCCGCACUGCGCCGAUGUUCCUCCUGUGGCCCAGGUUGUGCAAGAAAAUGGCAAGCUCCUGUUGCUGGCUGUCCUUGAGGCAAUCGGAGGUCAGUCUUCACGCAGUCUAAUGGACCAGUUUGCAGAGGUGUUGUUCUCUAUGAAUAAGCACUGUUUCAGUUUGCUCACUGUGUGGCUCAAAGAGGCCCUGCAGUCUCCAGGUUUCCCCUCAUCCCGAGUCUCUGACGAACAGAAAGACACAUUCAGCCAGCAGAUCCUUAGGGAGCGAGUGAAUAAGCGACGGGUGAAGGACAUAGUGAAAGAGUUCACCCUGGUGUGUCGAGGGCUGCACGGCACAGAGUAUGCAGCAGAGUACUGAGCACUGAAGUCCAAAGUUUGUAGUGGCUCCAUCACUUUAACGGAAACUCAGACCUGAAUAAUAGCGUAGUGAAAGCCUGACAGGUGGAUAUUGUUCAGAGCAUGCACUGUAAGGAACUAAAGAGGGCACUCUAUAAUAUAUUUUUAGUUUUUUUUUGUUUUUCUUUCUUUGUGCCGGUUUGGACCCUCUUGGAUGUGAGCUGUACUGUUUUAUCGAAGCAGUACUUUUCAUAUACGUCUUUCUCCCUUUGCUCCCCUCGCAACUAUUUCAGCAUGUGCGUUGUUCACUUUCACUUCACCUCCACAACCUCUUCUCAUGUUCUUGAUCUUCCGUGGCUCCUAGGCUGUUUACUUGUGAUAAUUUCUGACAUUGUAUCAACCAUGGAAUAGUGGUAGUUAAAUGUUUUAUUUUGUAAUUUAAAGAUACUGAGAUCUAAAGUAAAUAUAUAUAUACACAUAUAUAAACACAUACUAUCUGUCAGACUGUGGGAAUUGUCCGAGUUAUGGAUCUUGCAGAUACUGCUGCUGACAAAGAGAGGGACCAAUAAUUUUUCUCUGUGGCUUUAUAUAUACAUGUCUGUAUAAUCUAACUAGACUCCACUCAUAACGUGAUUGAGGAGGAGAAAAAAAGGUUAUGACUUUUGUCAUGGCCUUUUUUACGAUUAAAAAUUUAUUAUUUUAAUAUAUAAUGUUGGCAGCAUGCACAAGGUUGAUUAGACUUGAUUUUACAGAUACUCUGAAAAAUUGUGAUAGAACAGACUUUAACGAUCAUGAAAAAAGUUCUGAUUUUAGUUUUCUGCCCUGUGUAUGGUGUCCUCUUGGAAAAGCUGCUGGAAGCCUAUAAUGGCUGUGAGAUACACCUGUAGAUGUCAGUGUGUCAUUUGAGUAGAAAGAAUAUCCAGAAUGUCAGGUAAAAAGAGAGAGCGAGGACAGUGGUCAAGUGUAAGCUGUGCACCCAACACUGUACGGGUGGCAACGAUCAUUUAUUUCGGAUGCUAUUUUGUGUGUAUGUAUGUAUGCACAUGCAUGUGUCGUUGUACACUUGCUUGUCAAGAUUGCAGCUUCUGUACACUGUUGAGUGCACUAAUAAUAAAACUGAAAAUGAUCUACAGUAUACUACAAGUCCACAUGUGUUUGCCAUUAGAAGCCCUUGAAUGGGGCACUUCAGUGGCUGGGUGCCCCUGUGUUUCUGUCCACUGCCCAGCUGCUGCCUGCAAACAUGUAGCAUGUCUGUUUUGUUUUUGAGGCAGUUGAAUCGGGCAUGCAGCAACAGAAUGUGUUGUGUGCAUUUGGCUGGUAAGGAUACUUCCUCAGCCUGCCAUGUUGUUUACCAGUUGUGGAUAUAUUUUAGAGAAGGGGAGGGUGAAGAAAAAAGUGAAGAAAUGUACAUUAGUUUGACUUUUUUUUCUCUCUUUUGUACCAUGUUUUAAUUUAUUAAAUAUCUACGAUGGCC